AUGUCCGUCGACCUCGCGGAUCUCAAAGUUCCUGGUGGGAAAGCUCCGGAACCCCGGGGCCGAGAGGCCUGGGGCGAGGACGUUCCGUGCUCGCGCUCGCACCUGGAUGGGGGUGCUGACCCUGGAGAGGGCGAAAGGAGAACCUCGUUCAUGUUACCACUAAGGAAAAAAGAGACGAAUGAUUCCUUUAUUUCCUUUCAGAUUUUCAGACGAUGCUGGUUGGUUUUCAAGAAGGCUUCAAGUAAAGGGCCCCGAAGGCUAGAAAAAUUCCCAGACGAAAAGGCGGCGUAUUUCAGAAACUUCCAUAAGGUAACGGAACUGCACAACAUCAAAAAUAUAACCAGGCUGCCUCGAGAGACAAAGAAGCAUGCCGUGGCAAUUAUCUUUCAUGAUGAAACCUCGAAGACAUUUGCCUGCGAGUCAGAGCUGGAGGCCGAGGAGUGGUGCAAGCACCUCUGUAUGGAGUGUCUGGGGACCAGGCUGAACGACAUCAGCCUCGGGGAACCGGACCUUCUGGCGGCAGGAGUGCAGCGAGAGCAGAAUGAGCGGUUCAAUGUGUACCUGAUGCCUACACCAAAUCUGGAUAUUUACGGCGAAUGCACGAUGCAGAUCACUCAUGAGAAUAUCUAUCUCUGGGAUAUCCACAACGCCAAGGUCAAACUGGUGAUGUGGCCUCUCAGCUCCCUGAGGAGAUACGGGCGGGACUCCACGUGGUUCACCUUUGAGUCAGGAAGAAUGUGUGACACGGGAGAAGGCCUGUUCACUUUUCAAACAAGGGAAGGAGAAAUGAUCUAUCAGAAGGUCCAUUCUGCGACACUGGCCAUAGCAGAGCAACACGAAAGAUUAAUGCUAGAAAUGGAGCAGAAGGCCCGGCUGCAGACAAGCCUCACGGAGCCAAUGACGCUAUCCAAGUCGAUCUCUCUUCCUCGCAGCGCCUACUGGCACCACAUCACCCGGCAGAGCAGCGUGGGCGAGAUCUACAGCUUGCAAGGUCACGGGUUUGGUUCCUCGAAGAUGUCACGUGCACAGACCUUCCCCAGCUACGCCUCGGAGCAGAGCGAAGAGACUCAGCAGUCCCUGUCCCGGUCCAGCAGCUAUGGAUUCAGCUACAGCUCCAGCCUCAUUCAAUGACACACAGAGAGCCCCUGCUGACCAGAGACAGUCCGCCCCAGAACUGCUUGUGGGGUCAUCGCACCCUCU